UUUGAGAGAGAAACGAGGAGAGAACGAGACGGAGGGGGAAAGACGGAGAGAAGAGUCACUGAAAAGUUGGAUUUAAUGACAUUGGCACAUCAAGAAGACACAGCUGAUCCCACUGCAGCAGCGCUUUCCAAACUCUCCUCCUGCCAUGGAUUUGUCAUCCCAGACUUCAGUCUGAGGGCCCAGUGAGGACACGGAGGAGGGAGAGCAGCCGCAAGCUCUGGCUGAAACCAGGAGAAGCAGAGGCGAAAGACGCAGCAAGGCGGAAAGGUGGGGGAGAGGAGCGAGGCGGCCGAUUCUUCUGAGGAGAGGGGAAAGACCAGAGAGGAGGGACGAGCCGACGGGAGAGCGCCGGAGAGUCGGGGAAGGAGGGAGAAGAGUCGGCUGGAUAUGGGGCUCGGUGCGCUUCUGCUCAUCUGUCUGUCCCAGGCGGAGCUGGGGAGAGGCUGGGCUGCCCGGCAGCAGGAAGGAGCACACAGUGGGACGGCUCUGCGGAUGGAUGGGGGUCCAUCCGGCUUCAGCAGGACCAGGAGAGACCAGCAGACCCAGCAGCAAGAGACCCCGAACACAGGAGGAGGAGGAGGAGGAGGAGGAGGAGGAGGAGGAGUAGACAUCGCUCCGCUGCCGGACAACAUGUUCAGAAUCGUGGAGGACACGCACAAGUACUACAGAUGGCAGAGCUUCGGUCCAGCAGACAGACGGACCGAGGACUUGUGGGUGGACCUGAACAACCUGCACAAAAGCCAAGUCCGAAUCCACGGCAUCCUGUCCAACACGCACCGACAGGCGGCGAGGGUGGCGCUUUCCUUCGACUUCCCUUUCUAUGGACACUACUUGAGACAAAUCAUUGUGGCCACCGGGGGCUUCAUCUUCAUGGGAGAGAUCACUCACCGCAUGCUGACCGCCACGCAGUACGUCGCUCCCCUCAUGGCGAACUUCGACCCCAGCUUCUCCAAGAACUCCACAGUGAGAUACUCCGACAACGGCAACCUCUUCGUGGUGCAGUGGGACAAAGUGCGGCUGAAGGACCGAGAAGCCGAAGGGCCGUUCACCUUCCAGGCGGCGCUGCACCGAAACGGCACCAUCGUCUUCAACUACAGAGACGUUCCUGUACCAGUGGAGAAGAUCAAUUCCACCGAGCAUCCGGUGAAAGUGGGCCUGUCGGACGCCUUCAUGGCUUUACUUCCUGCUGCGCAGCUCUCAGAUGCGAGGCGGCGGACCAUUUACGAAUAUCACCGCGUCGAGAUCGACGCCACGAAGAUCGUGAGCAGAUCCGCCUUCGAGUUCACCCUCCUGCCCACGUGUCUGCAGCACACGUCCUGCGACCUCUGCGUUUCGUCCAACCUGACGAGCGGCUGCGGCUGGUGCAACACGCUGCAGCGGUGUUCCGACGGCGUCGACCGCCAUCGACAGGAGUGGCUGGACUACAACUGUCCCGAAGAGGCUAAAGGGACGUGUGAGGACUACAACCCGGUGCUGCCAGAAGAAUCGAUGAGCUCCUUCAACCACUCGUCCCCGCAGACGACUCCGUCCUCAGCCGAGUUCGAGGACCAGCCCGUCACGCGGGAUUUACAGACGGGCCCUCCGGGCCACACGGGGAUCACGGAGAACACGGCCAUCAUCGCAGGCGUGGUGGCUGCUCUGGUCCUGCUCGUCGCUUUGACCCUGCUGGCCGUUUACUACAUCAACACACACCCGACCGUUGCUCCACCCUUCUACCUCAUGCAGCGACGCACCAACAACUACUGGCCCUCCAUGAAGUUCCGGAACCAGGGCUGCCACUCCAGCUACGCCGAGGUGGAGCUCGGAGGCCACGAGAAGGAGGGCUUCAUCGAGGCGGAGCAGUGCUGCUGAGGGUCCCGUACCGGCGGGGGGGAGGAGGAGGAGGAGGGAGGACGCCACCGGCGGAGGAACACGGACUUUCGGGACGCGAGGCGUCCUCACUCCAGCCUGUGGACAGUGUCGACCGGAGCCGCGCUCGUCGCUCUUGCUGUAGGGAAUCAGCCGUGUGAUCCGAGGGGCGGAGGCUCUUAGAGGAGGACGGAGCGAGGAGGAGGUGGGGAUGCGUGACGGUCGAGGAUCAACGCGAGGGGGACGUCAGGGAACGACUCAAACUAGCCUUCAUACUGCAAACCGAUGUACAGCUCAACCCUACGCAUUUGUUUUUAUCAAGUUCAUGGAGUUUUAAAGGCAAACCUUCACUCCAGCAAUGACCGGUUCAUAAAGCGUUAUUCCAGUGUCGACUUCACUACAACAGAUAUUUAGCUCUAUAACUGAUAGCGAUAAUAAUGACCAUAGUGAACUUCUCUGGAGGUUUAUUGUCUGGGAGGAUUUUAGGAAAUCGUCAAGUUGUGAGAACUUUCUUUAUGUUUAAAUGUCUUCUAAUAAAAGAUGGUGGUGAGUGCUGACUUUAAUCUA